CACAAAGUUAUCGUACGCUUUUAACCCAUGAGUAACGGGAUUAAUGAGAAAUAAUUUACUCACUGGUUAAACUCUUUGAGAAGAUAACGACUAUCGCAAACCUAUAAAAGUUCAUAUUUUCGAAUGCGUUUUUAUCUUAUCGAAAUACAUUUAGUGCAAAUUUCUCUUCAUGUUGAGACAUUAGUCUUCCAUCAACUUUGCAGAAGAGAAGAACAUCCAAGUCAAUUCUUAAUUCAUAAAUCAGAUAAUCAAAAUGGAAGAUCGAAAGUUCGAUAUCAGUCAAAAUUUGUGUGAAUCAUCAUGCUUUAAAGCUGCUAAACAAUUGCUGGAGAAUUCCGAUAAGAAAGCGGGAUUCGAGGAAUUUAUUUAUUUAUUUAUUUUUGUUUUUUGUAUUAUAUUAACUCUAGUAUUUAAUACUAUAUUUAAUAGAAAAGAAAAUAAUGAAGCACUUAAGACUAAGGAUGAACUAAUAGAAAAACUAAAAGAAUCACUGGAGCUAUCUGAAGAUAAUCGCAAGCUAUGGGACAAGAACCAAUUAGAAAUGACAACUAAAAUAGAUAAUCUUAUGGCUCAACUGGCCACUGCCAAUGAGAAAAUGAUUGAUAAAGAUAAUGAGAUUGCAAUGCUGACAUCAACAAUUAGUAGAAAUGAGAAAGAGAUUAAUCACGCGAUUGAGAUUAUUAUCGGAUUGAGCCGUCAAAUAAAUGGUGACUGAUGAACAAGGUUUAAAUCCUACAUCCUUUGUGAGGUUACUAAUUAUGUCGAAAGUAUUCACCAAUCAAAAAAAAAAAUGGAUAAUAUAUAUUAAAAAACGAAUAAACCAUUGAAUAAAAUUAGUUAAACACAUUUCUUGAUUCCCAUCCAAACAAAUAUUAAAUUCUAGACUUUAGUUGAAAUAACUUUCGAUUGUUGGCCCUAAUCGAUUUAUUGGCGAUCAAAAGACACUCUCCAGUCACUCUACAAUCGCUCCGCUUUUGGAUUGAUUAAUGGCGGAACUAUAAAUUCGAGCUUCCAGCGCAGCGUAGCUCUAC